AUUCCCUCUAUCCACUGCUUCACUGUACUCGCUAUCUUUAACAUGCAGACGUUUGUUUAGGGCUCACAGACUCUUGCUUAGCUAUAGUUUCAUUUACUUAUAGUUGUGAAUGACAAUACGCAGAAUUCCCAAUUGCAUUGUGGGUUAUCAGCAAAGUGGCUUAUGUACCGGCGCCUGCCAGGCCAGUCAUUUGAUCCCUUUUAAAUGAAGCUCUUCAAAUCCAACAGGACUAUAUUGUUCAAUCACUUGAUACAUAGUAGCAGGACCCAUGAAACAUUUGCACUUAUGAGUCUCCAUACAGAAGAGAUGUUCUCCUUGCUGCUGGUGUCCUUGCUGUGGGGAGUCACCAACCCUUUCUUACGUAAGGGAGCUGAAGGCAUGGAAAGUGUAAGAGAGGAGAAGACCCUCAAGCAGUUGCUGUCAGAAGCUAGAUUUCUGAUCUUCAAUUACAGGUACGUGAUCCCAUUCUUGCUGAACCAGAGUGGAUCAUUAGUGUUCUACCUGACACUGGCAUCUGCAGAGCUCUCACUUGCUGUUCCAUUCUGUAAUUCUCUGGCCUUGGUUUUUACAUUCAUAACUGGGAUGAUCAUAGGAGAAGAUAUUGGAGGAAAAAGAGCUGUUCUUGGAAUGUUUCUCACAACCCUUGGGAUCGCACUCUGUGUAGCAAGUUCUGUAAGCGAUUAAAUGUAUUUGCAACUGAAGCAACUACACACAAGCACCUGAUAGGAUUGAAACCAGACUGGAAAAUAUGUCUGUAUAGAGAGCUGGUCAAAAAUUAUUGUUGGCCAAAGUGUACAGGUGCAGAAAAGACCCAGAAUGAGAUGGUCUGCAUUACAUUUUGCAAUUUCCUUAGCAGCAUUAUUAAGGUUUUUCAGAUUUAUUGUAGAUAAAUGCAGAAUUUCUCAUUUGAAGUAUAAUCUGAAGGAGUGAAAAAGAUUCCUUAAAGGUAAUGGCACAAGGGACUGUUUCAGACACUUUUCUAGUCAAGUGCUUUUCUUGUUAGUGCUUGUCUAACCAGCCUGUGGUAGCUUGAUAUGGUAGCUUGAGCAGAUUUCCAUUAUGCUUUAAUUGAGGGGUAUGACCACAGAGUAUGGAACUGGGUACCAAUGUCUUAGCACAGUGAUCCCCAACCAGUAGCUCGUGAGUAACAUGUUGCUCUCCAACCCCUUAGAUGUUGCUUCCAGUGGCCUCAAAGCAGGAGCUUAUUUUUUAAUUCCAGGCUUGGAG